UCAUGGUUUCCAAACCGGUCUGAAAUUGUAAACACAAGAAUUAUUACACUGAAGAAUAAAAUACUAAUAUUUUAUCGAAAUACGUUAUUAUAGUAAGGAUGAAAUUGAAAAUUUCUUCAUUCAAAGAAAAUAAACAUGUAGGAGUUGUUGUGUGUGUCAGUUGGAAUAACACAGAAGAUGUGUUUUCUUGCGGAGAUGACCACAAGCUCCUUAAAUGGAACUUGGUGAACAGCGAAUGUAUGACAGUUGCAACAUUCCCCGAUGAAUUCUAUCCGACAGGCAUGCAUUUAUUUCCCAAGACGAAUGUGAGCGGCACCAAGCAUCAACACGACGUGAUACUCAUCUCGACUGCUGAUGGCAAAUUUCAUAUAGUUAACCAUAACGGACGUAUAGAAAAGUCUGUUAAUGCUCAUCAAGGCGCCUGUUUAACUUCUCAAUGGAGUCCAGACGGUGCUGGUCUAUUAACUGCUGGAGAAGACGGUUUUGUCAAAGUAUGGUCACGAAACGGACUUCUUCGAUCAACUCUCGUACAAUCUGAUGUACCAUGCUUCGACGCCGUUUGGAGUCCAGACAACGGCGCUAUAUUAUACACAAGGGAAAAUUUCCUGAUCAUAAAACAGCUUAAUUCCAGUAGUAAAAUUACCAAAUGGAAAGCUCACGAAGGACUUAUUCUGCGUGUUGCUUGGAAUGCGAACAACAACUUAAUUAUAUCUGGUGCUGAAGAUGGAUUUUGUAAGAUAUGGGAUACAUUUGGCCAACAAAUAGCCGUGAGUGUGAAACACGAUCAACCAAUAACCAGUUUAAGCUGGUCUCCAGCUGGCGACAUGUUCAUUAUUGGCAGCUAUAGUUUGAUAAGACUAUGUAAUCCUAAUGGGUGGUCUCAUUGCUUGGACCGUCCUCCCACGGGGAGCAUUUACGACAUCGCAUGGUCGUCAGACGGCACGCAGUUGGCGGCCGCUUGCGCUAACGGACACGUCCUGUUUGCACAUAUCAUUGACAGGGAAUAUACAUGGAAGAAUUUUGCGUGCACUCAAAUCGGACGGAAAGUGAUAUCGAUCAAGGACAUAGUGACCGAACAGAGUGACAAGCUCGAUUAUCCAGACCGUGUCAUACAAAUCGCUUUGGGGUUCAACCACCUAGUAAUUGCUACCGUAAAACAGUGCUUCAUUCACAAACUGACUUCUUGGAACACUCCGGUGACAUUCGACUUGAAAGACGGCACUAUAAGCAUGAUAUUGCUCUCUGAAAGAUGCCUAUGCGUGAUAGAAAGAGCGGGUCUAUCCGUAUAUAGCUACAUGGGGCGACUGCUAGCCAGUCCAAGAAUGGGAGUACGGCCCGAAACACUAGGCAGAGCGGCCGUUUCUUUGGGACCUGAUGCUUUAGCAGUUAUAGAUCAAGGCGAUCGAAAAUUGAUGCACGUAUUUGACCUCCCAACCGGCCUGGUAGUCCGCAGUUCGACUGACAACCCAGUAACGAAGCUGACACAUAAGAUGACGGUCUCUGUGAUCGCGCUCUGUCAAACUGGACCAGUUAGUGAGCGUCAAUUGGCUUUACUGGACUACAAUAGAUAUCUUUAUGUAGUCACAGUUAAGGAGAGUAAACCAAAGUUUGUGAAGUUAGGAUCCCAAAUCCUCAGCAUAACAUGGAGUUCUGAAACAGAACUACUUGUUGGUUUGCGAGCAAGUUCCGUAGUUGCUUGGUGUUGUCCAAGAGCAGCUUCACAACCUGACUGGCUGGCUCUCACCACUGUCAGUAAAGAAGUUACGGAUCUGGGACGGAAUCCCACGGUAUUGAGCGUGGAGGAUGGAGUGGUGCGUAUUUGUCGUGGUAAUGGUUCCGUGUUACACCUAUCCAUUGCCGUUUUUCCCGAGAAGCUACUGAAGCAUAUUGCCAGCAAUAGGUGGCAAGCUGCGUUACAGCUUUGUCGCACAGUCGAGGAUGAGACACUGUGGGCAUGUCUGGCAGUGUUAGCUUGGCAGUAUAAUCAAUUGGAAGUGGCCGAGGAGGCGUUCGCCCUUAUUCAUCAGUAUCACCAAGUUUGCUUACAUCCAACAUUUAAGAAGUAAUGUUCCAGAACGUUUAACAAUGAAUUGAAGUUAAAAGAAAGCAAAGAAGACCUAUGAAGAAAUGCAUAAUAAUUCCUGACAUGAUUAUUUCAUAAUAAUAUUAAGUAAUAUUUAAAAUUUCAAAUAAAAUAGAAUACGUUGAA